AUGGAAAAUGAGGACUUUAGGCACUAGACUACUGUGCCAGGCCCAGAACCAGAAGUUUUAAACUUAUGCUAUCACUUGUUGCCUUUCGUUAUUAUUAUUAUUAUUAUUAUUAUUUUCAAAUUAACUGUGUUUAGGCGUUCAUUUAUUUACUUCUUUACAGGCUGAACUGAGCUUGGGUGAAGUGAAAUCUUUGAGGAAGCUAAAGCUGUGUGUAUUUGUGGAUCAGACAAGUGCAGCAAGUUAAAAAUCAUUGGCUUCUGAAGGGGAGAGUGAGGUGAUGGCUGCGUUUAAGUUGGAUUUCCUUCCAGAAAUGAUGGUGGAUCAUUGCUCUUUGAAUUCCAGUCCUGUCUCAAAGAAAAUGAACGGCACCCUGGACCACCCAGACCAACCAGAUCUUGAUGCUAUCAAGAUGUUUGUCGGCCAGGUCCCCAGAACCUGGUCAGAGAAGGACUUGCGGGAGCUCUUUGAACAGUAUGGUGCUGUCUACGAAAUCAAUGUCCUAAGGGAUAGGAGCCAAAACCCUCCUCAGAGCAAAGGGUGCUGUUUUGUUACAUUUUACACCCGUAAAGCUGCACUAGAAGCGCAGAAUGCUCUUCACAACAUGAAGGUCCUCCCAGGGAUGCAUCAUCCUAUACAGAUGAAGCCUGCUGACAGUGAGAAGAACAAUGUGGAAGACAGGAAGCUGUUUAUUGGUAUGAUUUCCAAGAAGUGCACUGAAAAUGACAUUCGAGUCAUGUUCUCUUCAUUUGGACAGAUUGAGGAAUGCCGGAUAUUGCGGGGACCUGAUGGCCUGAGCCGAGGUUGUGCUUUUGUGACUUUUACAACAAGAGCCAUGGCACAGACAGCUAUCAAGGCGAUGCACCAGGCACAGACCAUGGAGGGUUGCUCGUCCCCCAUGGUGGUAAAAUUUGCUGAUACACAGAAGGACAAAGAACAGAAGAGAAUGGCGCAGCAGCUCCAGCAACAGAUGCAGCAAAUCAGCGCCGCCUCUGUGUGGGGAAACCUUGCUGGUCUAAAUACUCUUGGACCCCAGUAUUUAGCACUUUAUUUGCAGCUCCUUCAGCAGACUGCCUCCUCCGGGAAUCUCAACACCCUGAGCAGCCUCCACCCGAUGGGCGGGUUAAAUGCAAUGCAGUUACAGAAUUUGGCUGCCCUGGCUGCUGCAGCGAGUGCCGCUCAGAACACACCCAGUGGUACCAGUGCUCUUACCACAUCCAGCAGUCCCCUCAGUGUACUCACCAGUUCAGCAGGGUCUUCACCUAGCUCCAGCAGCAGCAACUCUGUAAACCCUAUUGCCUCACUCGGAGCCCUACAGACAUUAGCAGGAGCGACAGCGGGCCUCAAUGUUGGUUCUUUGGCAGGGAUGGCUGCUUUAAAUGGUGGUUUGGGCAGCAGUGGCCUUUCCAACGGCACGGGGAGCACAAUGGAGGCCCUCACCCAGGCCUACUCGGGCAUUCAGCAGUACGCUGCUGCCGCACUCCCCACUCUAUACAACCAGAACUUGUUGACACAGCAGAGUAUUGGUGCAGCUGGAAGCCAGAAGGAAGGUCCCGAGGGAGCCAACCUGUUCAUCUACCACCUGCCCCAGGAGUUUGGAGACCAGGACCUACUGCAGAUGUUCAUGCCAUUUGGGAAUGUUGUGUCGGCCAAGGUUUUUAUAGACAAGCAGACAAAUCUGAGCAAGUGUUUUGGUUUUGUAAGUUAUGACAAUCCUGUUUCUGCUCAAGCUGCCAUCCAAUCCAUGAACGGCUUUCAGAUUGGCAUGAAGCGACUUAAAGUGCAGCUCAAACGUUCAAAGAAUGACAGCAAGCCCUACUGAGCGUGCUCCUCUCUGAGACUGAAGUGAGAGGGUCUUCUGGCACAGCUGGCCCUGAAGACUCGGCUGCUGCCUUCUGUGGGAGUUCGCUUCGUACAGAGGACAAGUUUGUGCUUUGGUUUCCAGUGUUUUACUUUGGAGUUUAGGUGCCAUAUCCUGAGGUGUUUUUUUUUUGUUUGUUUUGUUUUGUUUCCCCCCUUUUUUCUCCCCCCCCCCAACCCCUCUUUAUUUAAAGUUUGCUGUGUUUGUAACUAUUGUGUGUUGAAAAGGACCAACACCGAACCACCCGGGGGAGGGGAGAAUGGGGAAACAUUCUUAAAAAAUUAGAAUUUGCCCCAGACCACCCCGUGAGAAGAGAGGACUGAGUUGAACCAAAAAAAAAGAAAAAGGAAACUAAACUAACUGCCCAGAUCUCCCCUAGUGCGAGACUGGGUGGGGUGAGAACUGACAUCCAAGCGCUGAGGGGCCGGAGGACAGUGGAGAUGGCGUGGCCCCUGACACAAAGCAGCUGGGUGCAGCACGCCUCUGCAGCUAGCUGCCUUCUGUGGAGAUUGGAAUUUUUUGCCACCAGUAUAUCAGAUUCUUGGCUUGGAUUUCCGCUCCUCUUUCCUAACAGGGGCUUAGUAAUUCUCUGGAAAUAAAGCAACUGUUAAAUUAGACUGACAUAUUCAAAGAAGCAGGAAGACAUAAGCCAUUACCAGCUUCCCUAGCCAGCAUUGGAUUGGCCCUCCCUGGCUGGUGGCUGUUUGAGAAAAGCAGCCACAGAGGUCAUUUUUAGUUCAUUGCAACACCAAAUGAGACCAUGGCCCAUGCCCAACAGGUUCUUGUAUAGACAGCCUCUGUGGGAGACAUUGGCUGGCGUCCCUGCUUUCAAGGCACCACCACAGUGGUGUCUGACUGAAGGGGGAACCUGUUCUGGGCAGAGGAACCAAAAGCCAUUUAGUUGGAGGAAUGGAAAUUGGCUUCUUAGUACACCUAAACCAGAAGAUGGCUUCAAGCCAGGAUGCUGCAUUUACCAGUGGUCAGAACUUAGCAUUUAAGAGAAAUCCGAAGCCCACGCUUGCCUCCUGGGCCGAGGCGUCCCAGCUCUGGAUUCCCACAGGCCCUCUGCUAACCACUGCAGCCCCAUCUGUGCGCUCGGGGACAGAGGAGACCAGGACGUUUACAUGCUCAGUGGGGCUUUAGUGUUCAUUUACCUCAGUAUUACUGUGUUCGUUUUUGUCUUCAUGCUUACAGUUAGCUAGCUCCCUGCUGCCUUCCACCGGUCUCACUCCAGCUCUUGCUGGUCUCAUACCUAGCCUCUGGGCUCUGCCUCUGCUACAAAACAUGCCAUGGCAGGUGGAGAGCCAGGAAGGAUGCCCUUGGUGGUGUGCACCCAGCCCAGGUGGCCCCAGGCGGGUAGGGUUAACAGCACAGUCGGGCUGUGUUCCCAGGUCCCUGGAAUCUUGAACCUCAGAAGUGUCAGUGCUGACCCCUUACAGCAGAAACGGGAGGAAAGGGGUUGGUUUGCUAGUGAGUCUCGUGGGGUGCUCUCCUUGUCCUGCUGCUCCCAUGGGUAGCAGACAGGGAAUGACCAUCUCGCUGUUGCACAGGUAGUUGGUGGUGUUGGAUUAUCCCAUCAAAGCAGGGACAGCUUGAUCCCUUCUCAUAGUGAUAACUUGAGUCCGUUGUCCUCGUAAGAAACGUGAAGCAUACACUUGUUAAGCUGAACCACGUAAACUUGAAUUCUGCGCACUGGGAGAAAUGUGUCCUGUGUUUCAAAGGAUAAAACUGUUCUAAAGGCUUCCAGGGUCAUGAUGGGAUUUUUUAAAUAAAUGCAAAAAAAAAAAAAAAAAGGAAAGAAAGAAAAAAAAAAACAAAAAAAAAAAAGAAAAAAAAAUGCUAGGUUGGGGAGGCGCUGUUCUGAAAUCCCAACCAGCUGGAACCAAGAAUGUCGUUUCUAUUUUUAUAGAAGUUUUAUACAGCUCCGGGGUGGAGAAUAUUUAUUACCUAAAUUAUAUCUCUGGAAAAGGCCAGGAUUUUAUAGAAUCCAGAAUGUGAUUGUUGUACACACAGGGUGCUGUGUAUGAUUGAAACUACUGACUUUCUGUGGCCCGUUUGCAGCCCAGCUAACCUGCCCAAGGGGAAGGCAUUAAUGCUGUGAAUUGGCAGAGGAGAGAGCUGUGCUCCACAGGGUACCUGCCAGUGCUGUGCUACAAACCUUCUUUUCUGUCUUCCUCCUCAGCCAGAACUCUCCUCCCAUUCCACUCUCCUCCCUGCCACUCCUCCCCUAUUUUGCCAUUAUUUGUCCACAGUUUUUGUCCUGGGCUCCAGGAUCUCACCCCUUUCCUGGUGACCUGCGAGGCAAGGGUGCCACCCACCUGCCUUUUACACGGGGUCAGGGGAGCACCAUCCUUGCCCAGAGCUUCUCAAAAGCACUCGUCCAACGGGGUCCCAGGCUCCGAGGCACUGCCAUGUCCCCCUCCUCCCAGCCCAGGGAGCCAGCACAGUAGCAGCACUGCCCUGAGCACAGUUCUCUCUGCAGGCCAAAGAUGGUUUUCUGAAGAAGCUGCUCCUCUACCAGUCUCACAGUGUGAAAGGGCUCAGCUCAAGAGUGGAAACUUGCAGUCAAGUCUUAGGCAGUCCUUGUCUGUCUGUGGAGGUUUCACUUAAAAUGUUGUUUUCUGCUCUAGUUGUGUUUCAUACUUGGGUUACAUCAUGAAAUUGAUUUGCCUUGAAUGCAGCCAGACUACUGUCUCCUUGGUGCCACAUGAGUGGCCGGGGCCUGCAUGGAAGCUAAGAGCUUGGAUUUCUGGGAACCCAAAAGGCCAUCCCAUAGGGUUCAGCAGAAAUCCUGGCCCUCUCCCCCAUCUUCUGUCCUCCCUGGGUCUUGAGGCCUGAUCCCCCAAGACCCUCUUCUGAGGGUUUGGCACUUCACAGGAAAUCCAAGCCUUAGGUUCCCUCCUGUCUCUGACAAGUGGAUGUUCUCUUGGUGUCCUCCAUGUCCUUUUUGACUCUCCCUGUGUCCAUCGUUAGCAUGUGCAGAAAUUCCCUGUCGUUGCCCAGCCCCGCCCGCCUCCUCAUUCCAGGGCUGCACAGUCAGUGGCCUGCGUCCUCUCUCUCUGUUUGGAUGUAUUGCUCUGUGUAACUCAGUGGGUCUCCCUCUUUCUGGUUUGUUUUUUUUUCUAGAUUCCUGCCGUUUGUUCAUCGUUGUGCCUAAAGCAUGUCGAUGUGGCGUCAAGUACAUCGUCCAAAUCCCUGUCUCUUCAGCUUCUCUGAUGCUUGAACUCUCACCUUUGACCUUGUGUUGACCUUUGAUGCUGAUGUGUAUUUUUAUUAUGUUUGUUUCUUUUCUUUGUUUUUUCUUUUUUCUUUCCUUUUUUUUUUUUCCCUUUUGUGCUGCCAAAUUGGUUUUGCUAGAACGACUGCUGAAGGGGAAAUAUUUAAACUUGCAUUUGAAUAUAAAAAAAUCUAUUUUUCUAGAACUUCAUAAGAUAACCACUUGAUUUUGUGAUUCCAAUUCUUUGUAAUUGUCUUCAGAGCAGCCCUACUAGCACAUACCGUGUGAUGUUUGUAUCUGUGAACACACAGCCAGUCCGUUUCUAGGCUUCGUUUCUCUGUGUGCUUAGUUUUAAAAAGACAACUUUGAAGUAAACAAUGAAAUAAUAAAAGAUGUCACUGAAACCUUGGAGGCUCCUGAACACAUUUUGCUGACGUAGUUUGUGGGGCUUGAGGAGACUGCCUGUGUCGUGCUGAUUUUGGUUUUUCCGAGUUCUCACCUGCAGAGAACAUCAAACCCCUCUCCUUUUUUGGCCGCAGCCUUCAGUUUGGGCCCCAGCCAACCCUUUUUCCUUCGUGCUCUUUUUUUUUCCCCCCCUCGUUAUUUGCUUUCGUGGUUGUUCCCCAGAGUGACCCUGUGGGAGCCGAGCCGUGUACCCCUUUUUCCUUCCCCUUGCCCUACUGGGCUCACCUCCGUGCUUCUUCCUUCAGUCUCCACAGCAAAAUGUGAUGCUUUGAUUUUUUUUGUUUCGUUUUGUUUUGAUACUGAUUUUGUGGUUUUGUUUUGGAUUUUUUUUUCCUUUCUUACUAAGAGUAUGCCCAGAAAAAAAGAGUUGUGCAUGUUUCCUGCUGUUUCUUCACACCUCCGUAUAUAUCCCCCUCACCUCUCUGUUUUCUAUAGUAUGUGCAAGAACUGACCGAUUUAAAAGGGUUUCAAAGAAGCUGUUUUAAAUUGCUGUGGGGUUGAUGAUUGUUUUCAAGAUUGUACUGUUUUACUUGGAAGUGGCAGCUCCUCCUCCAUUGCCCAUAAGGCGUCUGCCUGUGCACUUGGACUGUCACCUCCCUGCGUGGCCUCCAGCUCUCAGCGGGGCAUCCACCAGGCUGGCUGCUCUAUGAAAGGGGGGAGGGGGCUGGAAAGGCACAAGAAGCAAGAUAGAACCCAGAAGGUGGCUGCGGGUGGGCAUGAGGCUUAGCGCAUCAGGAGUAAUGGCCUAACCACCUCUUCGGAGGUCAUCUGUGCACUAAGCGCUUUUCCUAGGUGACAAGCACAAUACUACAGUCUUCACACUGUUUACAGCCCUGGGCACCGACAUCCCACACUGGCUCUUCACCACUGCUCUGCUCUUGCUUAGCUAGCGGGGUAGGGGAGAGGGGGGAGAUUGCUUAUUUAAAUUAGGUGGAGAGCCAAAUAGCUACUGUCCCUAGGUGCCAGGCAAGCCAGUUCUUUGGUUCCUCAUGGGGAACCUACCCUCUUCUCUUGUGGCAUCAUCCAGCCUCAGGGUUGGGGAGAUUUGAGUUAGAAUGUGAAUGGAGGAGAGACUAGAGAAGAAAGAGCCCAAGAUGCAUCUGGGUGGGGUGAAGGGGUGGAUCUGCAGGGAAAGGAGCUUACACUAGAUGCCACCUGCCCCCAAGCUGCUAGCCAGUGAGCUAGUUGGAGGGAAGGGUGGAGCCAGGGAAAAGGGAUAGGGAAGGUAGAGGCACUAUUGAGUGUCAUCCAUGCUGGGGUGGGUGGAGCAAAGGAUCCCAUGGGAAGGUCUGCUCUGAGGACCCGCCCCGGUUGCCCAGUAUUCCACUGGAGCAGCAGGAGGGAAGGGCAGCCUCACAGAGGCCCUUGUGGGGUAAGAUACUUCCUUCCCUGGAGGGGUGAUUGGAUGGAGAGAGCCCAGCCCCACCAGCCCCCAGCCUGAGAGACUGCUGUGUGCCCUACAGUCUCACUGCACAGGGCCGCCUCUGUCGGCAGGGGGCGCCGAGCCCCUGCCUGUGUUGGGAGAAACCGCGUUUGCCAAUGUAUGAGGAGCUGGGGAAAACCUGUGGAUAAACCAAAUGCCAAACGUUGGCCGUUGUUUCCUUUUCCUUUUCUCACUCUGGUUGUUUUCAUUGUUCUGUGGUGGUUUUCAUGGAUUUGAGACCCUGGAGCGGCAGCUGCCUUUCUGAUUUCCAGCUGCUUUUUGUGAAUAAUUUAAAAAGAAAAAAAAAAAGAAACUUUACAUUUUGGAGACAAACCUGUGUGAGUUUUUUAUUGGUACAAACGUUGUAUUUAACACUAGGGGUUUUGUACAGUUUUUUGCCUUUUCUACUAGAAAACAAUGUAAAGUGAUUUCACAAUGUGAAGAGAAAAAAAAUUGCCACUAUGACCAAACGCACAGUCUGUUCUGCAGCCACACCGGGAUUCAAUCAACUCAGAGUCGUGAUUCAGCCGUAGAGAUGCUUUUCCUUUACCUUGUUUGAGCUUUUCCUUUCUUUCUUUGUUUUGAUUUGCAAAAGAAAAUGUCUUUUUGUGUGAGCUUGUGUUGUACUCUGUAGAAAAUUAUGGAUUUUACUUUAAUGGUUUAAAAAAAAAAAGGCAAGAAGAGCCCCUGUCGCUUUUCUUACCUAAUCACAGAGUUUGUGUAGUGGAUUUAAAAGAAAAAAAAAACUUGUUACAAGUUUGGAGCAAAGGAGUAUGUGUUUAAAAGGACUCGCCUUCCUUUUUUGUGUGUUUUUCCUUUUGUUCCAGUGGGGAACCUAAAUCUGUUUUAAUUGCACAGACACACAGACAAAAAGUCAUUUUGUAUCUGCCAAGUGUGGUACCUUCCUUUGUUUAUUUGCUAUUAAACUGUUUGAGAA